UUUAGGAGUAAGCUUUUGUUCUGUUCCCAGAUAAAGGGACGAUGGUAGCAUGCUUGUCUCAUGGUUUGUUGUUUCCUGUACAACAUGAUAGAAUUUCUUUAUAUCACUUUUCUAACAGGGGCGACACAUUGGUGCAGUUGGUUAGAGCUUUGGCCUCACAGUUCUGAGAACUGGGUUUCAAAUCCUGGCCCUGCCUGUGUGGAGCUUGCAUGUUCUCGUCUCUGCGUGGGUUUUCUCCUCCCACAUCUCAAAAACAUGCAUUGUAGGUUGAUUGAAGACUCUAAAUUGGCCAUAAAUGGGAAUUUAAGUGCAAAUGAUUGUUUCUGUGUGCUCUGUGAUUGGCUGUGACCAGUUCAGGGUUUGCCCUGGCUCUUGCCCAAGGUUAGCCCGGAUAGGCUCAGGACACCGGCGACCCUUGUGAAGAUAAGUGGUACAGAAAAUGGAUGGCUGGAACUUUUCAAAUAUACUGUAUGUGCCAGGACUUUUAAUAUUAUUUCACAAUAUCAGUUUUGAUAUAGUACUCAGGCAGCACGGUGACUCAGCUGGUAAAGCGUUGGUCUCACAGUUCUGAGGACCAGGGUUCGAUCCCGGCCCUGCCUGUGUGGAGUUUGCAUGUUCUUCCCAUCCUGCGUGGGUUUUCUCCGGGCACUCCGGUUUCCUCCCACAUCCCAAAAACAUGCAAUAUUAAUUGCACACUCUAAAUUGCCCCAAGGUGUGAUUGUGAGUGUGGAUGUUGUCUCUCUCCAUGUGCCCUGCGAUUGGCUGGCAACCAGUUCAGGGUGUACCCCGCCUCCUGACCGUUAACAGCUGGGAUAGGCUCCAGAACUCCCCGCGACCCUCGUGAGGAUAAGUGGCAAAAAGAAAAUGGAUGGAUGGAUGUAGUACUCAUGGCAAUUAACAAACUAUAUUGGUGUUAUAUUUGUGAGACUUUUUCACUUAAUUUAAUCAGAAUCAUUAUUUAUUCCUGCAUAUUCUACAGAAUUUGUCUUAUUUUGGGUUGCAAGUGAGCCAGAGCCUAUUUUAUCUGAGUUUGGUAGAGAGUUGGGGUGUGUGACUAUUUCCAACAUGUGGAAAAGAGUUCUCCUAUUAGGUCUGUUCUUAAGUGGCCAAAAAAAAACAACAACACUUUUUUCAUACCAGUAUACCAAUGAAAAUGGCCCAUUAUCACUGAAAAGCUCAAUGGAUGACAGAACUGUUAAAUCAGAUCUUUUGGGAUAUAUUAGUCACAUUUUACUUGACCUUGUGCUUUUCCCUAUAUCACUGUAAAUUGAUGAUGAUUGUAAAGGCCCAUGAGUAGCAAGACUCCUACAAAAGUGACAUUCUGGGGCCCAAAGGAGUAUACUGUAUUUCCAGGUGGUCCUAAAUGCCCCCACCUCCUAUGGCACAUAAGUUCCAGCCAUGUUUCUGCAGGUUGCUUGAGCACCCACAGCAUAUGAUAUGAAUGUCAGGUAACUAAAGCUGUCAUAACAUUCAAAUAGUCCCUCCCUUUCAAUAUGUCCAUCAGAACAAGUUUGCUGAUCAGACAUUGGCCUGCUUUCCCAUUGGCCCCUGGAACCUAAUAGGAUCCCAAGGACUCUGUUGUGGGGAUUAGAGUUCCAAACUCUCCACUUUGCCCAGUCUCUGUGUCCGCCAACCAUGGGCGCAUCAGUUUAGGGGGGCACUGCACAUGCAAAUACCCACCAAGACGGCGUCAAACAACAAGAUCACAUCAAGAGGAGGAAAUAUUUGAUUCCACCUUGGAGGGUUGCAGUGCAGAGUGAAUGAUCACCGAGUGGAAAACGGGUCAUCUCCAGCAAAAGGAAUAACUCUUUUCUCCAAAAUUUGUCAAUUUGAUGUAUUUAAUUUCUUGGCUUACACACACAUCUUUCUUUUGAUCAAAUUCAUGAUCAAUGUGAAUUUGUGCUUUUGGAUUAUCAUCUCAUAUUUUGUCCUUCGGCAUUCCAGGGAUCUGUAUCCUUAUCCCUUUCACCUGGAACAACUUAGAUGAGCUCAACCUAUUAAUUACUCACCAGUGUAGGCCUGCUUUGACUGCUGCAUGACUACACAACCUCUGAGUGUCUUGCAGCUGGCCCCAUCUGGACUCGCAGACCAUUCCUGAGUUCAACUCUCAGCCUCCUUACCCUUAACUUCCAUUCCUGGUCCUCUUUGAUUUGGUGUUUGGAGCUGAGCAGUGUGCAGUAAAAGGAGCCAUGGCGCUGCUGAAGAUGAAAUUCACCCAGCAUAGGCGAGUGCGUCUGGCUCAGGGCCUGUGGCUCUUGUCCUGGAUGGCCGUGCUGUGUGGGUCCUUCGUCUUUUCUCUGGGUGUCUACCUUAAAAUUGAGCUGCUUCGUAGAUCUGAGGUGAUGGAGAACACAGAGAUCCACGUGGUUCCCAACAUCCUGAUGUUGGUGGGCCUGGCCUCCAUCGGUACUAACUGGGUGGCCGGCCGGGCGUGCCAGGACUCUAUGGACCCGAGCCGCUUUCCACGCUGGAAGUUUCUCUUGCUGGGCUGGUAUGCUGUGGCCGCACUCCUCUGUUGCUUGCUCAUCGCAGUGGUGGUGCUCAGUUACGCCCUGCAGGGACGCCUGGAAGAAUCUCUGAAGGUUGGUUUGAGGAAUGGGAUCCGCUUCUACAAGGACACUGACGUUCCGGGCCGCUGUUUCCAGAAAGAAACCAUCGAUCGUCUGCAGAUGGAGUUCCGUUGCUGUGGAAACACCAACUUCAGGGAUUGGUUUGAGGUGCAGUGGGUCAGCAACAGAUACCUGGACUACACCUCCAAGGAUAUCAAGGAUCGUAUCCGCAGCAACAUAGAUGGACGCUACCUGCUGGAUGGCGUCCCGUUCAGCUGCUGUAAUCCCGCUUCCCCUCGGCCAUGCCUCCAGUACCACCUGACAGACAACAGCGCUCACUACAACUACGACUUCCAGAAUGAGGAGCUCAACCUGUACAACCGCGGCUGCAGGCAGGCUCUGAUCGACUACUACAUGGACCUGAUGAAUUCAACUGGUCCUGGCGUACUAUCAGUCAUCCUGAUACAGAUGUCAGUCCUGUUGAGCCUGCGUUACCUUCAGACUUCGGUGGAAGGGGCCAUGGCUCAGGAGCAGCCGGAAGGUGUCAGUGAGGGAUUUCUUCUGGAAAAGGGAGUGAAGGAGACCUUGGAGGAAGCCAAAGUCAAAAUCUUGCUCAUGCUGAAGUUUGGCCAGGUCGACCCUGAUGCAGCCGAGGGCUCCCCUGACGCUGAAAAGGCCCCGCCAUCUUCCAGCUAGAAGAUAAUUGAAUAACACAUGAAAGCGGAAUAAUGCUGGAAAUUGGGGGUCAUGUCGAAGUUUUCUUGGUUGGGGGGGAUUUACCUGGUGGCAGGUAGAACGCCUCUUGGUUUUCAAAUAAGGCUUGAUUAUUGCUCCACCAAAACAACAGCCAAAACAUUAUAACCCAAAUGGAAGGACGUCAGGAACGUGUGACCAUCAGAAGUUCUAUUUAUCAAAUGUGUAGUACUUUUUGUUCUAACCGUUUUAAAACAAUUUAGCUCACAUUUUGACCUUGAUUUUAACCCGAUAGUGUAUAAAUAAUCUCUCAGCAUUAGAGUUUUUACUGAACAGCAAUGAAAUGCUUUGGAAGCUGUUUGAAAGUGGCAAUGCACAUAUAGCCUAUUAAAGGUAGAUUUUUAACUGCUUUUUAGUGUAUGCUUCUAUUUGUACAAGAAACCACAGGAAAGAAAAAAAACUGUGGGUUCUCUGAGUGUAGUAGGAUUUUGUGCGUGCAUGUAUUAUUGGGUGUGUCAUGUGUGCAUGUGCGUGAGAGACUUUCGUGACCUAUAUGAAGCCUGUCAUCUUGUCAAAGCAGCUCAGAAACAAUCAGAUAAUCUCAGGUGUACUUUGUCCAAGAAGUGCUACACAGGCACUAUCUGCACACACACUAAAGCAUAUUCUGUCAUCCAGCAACAAACAGUGUUGGACUUCACAAUUUAUGAAUUUUAUUUUAUCUUUCAAAAACUUUAAUAUUGAAAAGCAAAACAGUUUUUAAUGCAAAUGGUCAAUAUCAUGACUACAAUUGUGGGGUUCUUUCUCCUGAAAUAUAACUUAUAACAAGUUUUUUUUUAAAUUUAAUUUACACAGAUAAACUUACUUUCAGUGGCUGAAAAAGUUUGAUUAUUAAAAAAAAAGAAAGAAAACAGAUGCUGGAAUUUAUGAAAAAAGCAGAGCUGUUAAUAUUUAAAUGAGUUAACUACAAUUAACUACAUAUUCACUCCAAACAAAUGAACUGAAUACAAAACAUCAAAUGUGAAUACAAUCUAUCCAUUUUCUUAGCUGCUGAUCCUCACAAGGGUCACAGGUGUUCUGGAGCAUACCCCAGCUGUCAACGGGCAGAAGGCGGAGGCACCCUGAACAGGUUGCCAGCCAAUCGCUGGGCACAUCGAGACAGACAGCCGCACACACAAUCACACCUCGGGACACUUUAGAGUGUCCAAUUAAUGUCGCAUGUCUUCGCGAUGUGGGAGGAAACCGGCACGCCCGGAGAAAACCCACACAAGCACAGGGAGAACAUGCAAAGCUCCACACAGGCAGGGAAGGGAUUGGAAACCUCAAUCCUCAGAAUUGUGAAGCAGAUGCUCUUACCACUCAUUCACUGUGCCGCUGAAAUGCGAAUACAUAAGAAACAGUGUGUUUGUUGCAUUCUACACAAUGUAGAAAACCACCGUACGAUACCAUGUUGACCUAAUGACAAAUGUGCACAAUUAAGACAAUAUUUCUUUUUAUGACAAACCAAAAAAGUAAAUGCUCUGUGAAAAGUUUAAAAUGGCACAGUUGACAUUCUUCAAAAAUCUGUCUUCUUUUCCUUUCGGAUUGUCCCGUUAGGGGUGGCCACAGCGUGUCAUCUUUUACCAUCUAAGCCUAUCUCGUGCAUCCUCCUCUCUAACACCACUGUCCUCAUGUCCUCCCUCACAACAUCCAUCAACCUUUUCUUUGGUCUUCCUCUCGCUCUUUUGCCUGGCUGCUCCAUCCUCAGCACCCUUCUACCAAUAUAGUCACUCUCUCACCUCUGAACAUGUCCAAACCAUCGAAGAAGUCUGCUCUCUCCAACUUUGGCUGUCCCUCUAAUGAGCUCAUUUCUAACCCUAACUUGCUCACUCCAAGCGAGAGCCUCAAUAUCAUCAUUUCUGCUACCUCCAGUUCUGCUUCCUGUUAUUUCUUCAGUGCCACCGUCUCUAAUCCACACAUCCUGGCCGGCCUCACCACUGUUUUAUAAACUUUGCUAUUCAUUCUAGCGGAGAGUCUUCUGUUAUAUAGAAGACCAGAAACUUUCCGCCAACUGUUCCACCCCGCUUGGACCCGUUUCUUCAAUUCUUUACCAUACUCUUCAUUGCUCUAUAUUGUUGACCCCAAGUAUUUCUUCAAAAAUCAAUCUUAUUUUAUAUUUUCAAAAGCUUAAGUAUGUGAUUGCACAAAAAAAUUGGUCAAAAGGUGACGCUUCAAAAUCAUAUUUACAAAACUACUAUCACGUUUGCAGAAUGGCAUAUGAUCACCUUCCUGGUGAGGUGUUCCGGGCACAUCUCACCAGAAAGAGACCCCAGGGAUGAUCGAGGACACGCUGGAGAAACUCCAUCUCUUGGCUGGCCUGGGAUCGCCUUGGGAUCCCUCCGGAAGAGCUGGAUGAAGAGGCUGGGGAAAGAGAAGUCUGGGCAUCUCUGCGAAAGUUACGGCGCCCGCGACCCGACCUGGAAAAGUCGUAG